AUGGAGAGAGCACAUCAUUCUCUAAUGAUGGAAAAUAACGUGAUGAACCCUGAGAAUGAGGCUUGGAUUAAUUCCCUGAAUAAAGACAAUGCUUCCCUUUUGGAGUGAAUGGAAAGGUGCAAUAUUAACCUUGUACAGGUUAUUGGUCAGAGGAAAUAUGGGGCCCUCUUGCAGAGUGGGAUGGAUAACCUCCUCAACUUGGGAGAGAAAUAUUUAACAACAAUCUCUGUCAAGAAAUCUAUGAAGAUAGAUGAAUUCCACUUUUUCAGACUGUUGGAAUAUUGUAUGAGUUUUGUCUUAUGAUGGACAGAUUAUACAAGUGA